ACCUGGAAAAUGUCAGAAUUAGCCAAUGAAUAAAGCAAAGAAGAAUUUUCUAACUACUACUCCCUGGGAUAAAAUUAACGUUUAUUUUAUUGUAUACACAUUUAUUUAACUAUCUUUGAGUCUAAGUUGAAGCUUCGGCAGUCGGACGUUGAAUUAAAAGCUGUGUUGUCCAGAGUCUGUGAAAGAUAAACCACGUAUUGUAUGGUAGCUGGUUAGCCAGCUAGCUGGAAGGCUAAUCCAAGCUACUGAAACUUUUCAACCCCAGCAGAAGGAAAUGGACUCAGACGUUUUGACGGACAUCCCCAGAGGUGACCCGUUACCCCUGGCAUCGCUGCGCCUCCUGGUGCCCCCUCUGCAGCUCAUGGCAGCCUCUAUGUGGCAGGUGUUGAGGAAACAAGAUGUUACGAGCUACUGGAAGCUGUCAGACUUUGUGUCGCUGGUGGUGGACAUGGUCCCAGAGCUCCUGAUGGACAAAUAUAGGACUCAACUGAAUUUGGGGUUAAGAGCUAGGUAUAUUAUUGAGUUAUGUCGUAAUGAGCAUUCCAGUGAGAUGAUUCUGUCUUACCUGGAGAAGAUGACGUCACCACAUCCCACACUGAUAAGCGAACCAGAUGACGAGUCGGUGAAAAUGAAUUUUCUUGAGUUGAUUCAAAUUCUUCUCAAAGAUCCGGAAGAAAGGAAACACUUUUUCAUGGACGUCUUUCCUGCAGAGUAUGGCCCUCAGUAUGACAGUGACUUGCAGACACUGUUUGCAGAGUUUCUCUGCCGACUGUUUCAGCUGGUUCCGGUCCCUGACCUGGAGCAGACUGUGUCCUGGCUUGGAGCGGAGUGCUCUCUGUUGGAAGACUGUCUGCAGACCGUCUCUGAACCCACAGACCUGAAGAAUCUACUGCAGCACCACAAGAACCUUGGGCAUUUAGACCAACAUGUUCCACCUGCUAGUAUGGGCGACAACAUCUCUUCCUCACUUUCUGCCCUUCCCCCGAGGAGACUGGCGGAAACCAGCGAACAACCCGACCAGUCGGACCCACUUCGAGACCUCCACGUCGAAACACAACUUGCACCAGAAAUAGCGGAAGUAGUUACAGUUUCUGAUUACUCUGAGGUUGAAAUAGGUGCGAGCUCCAACGUCGAAGGGGUGACAGAAGAAAACUGCUUUGAAGGAAGAGAAGACACACUAGGGGAACGUUCUGUGGUUGUGUAUUUGGAGAAGACAAGCGAAGAAGAGCCAAAAACAGAAGCGACCGAACUUCCAUCCUCCUCUCAACACAAAGCUGCCGCAGGACCACAUGACUGCCCCCGCUGUGAGAAGAAAUUUAAGUUUGCCUCCUCGCUGCUGGCUCACAGCGUCAUCCACACUGGAGAACGACCCCAUCGCUGCACUGACUGCGGCCGCUGCUUCUCCUUUAGGCAGUCCCUCGACAGACACAGACGCACACACAGAAAGGGACGCGCGUAUGACUGCGUGGACACGGCCUGCGUGCCGCACUCGUGCCAUCUCUGCAACGUGGAAUUUAGCUGUAAGCUGGCCCUCGCAAGUCACUUAAAGACUCACUCUGACGAUGGCAACUCGGACAAACUCAAAGAACGCUUAGAGGGUGGGCCAGAUACUGAUAAGGCUGUGGGUGUCAAUGAAGCGAAUGCUGAACACACAGAUCCAGACUGUCCGGUGGAAACAGGCGAUCGCCCAUUCUCUGAAUCCAUACGAGACAACGGCGUCAAACCACAGAAUGUCCGCACGAGUGGACGCAAACGUCGACCCACAAUGAAGAUCCAGGCGAUAAAUUUACAGAAGCACAUGGCCACUAAUCAAAGGAACAAGUGCAGCAGGGUGAAUCCCUCAGCACUGAGACCUUUACCUAUCAUCAGUUCGGAGCACUCCUAUGGAUCGCCUGUGGUCUCGAAGCAAGGUGGUGAAAGUUCUCCAGCAGAUGCCUCAGUAGUUGCUUUCUCCUGUCCUCAAUGCUCCUUCCAGGACUCUGAGGAAGGGCAGGUCCUACAGCACAUCAAGAAGGUGCACCCCACUGAUGCCGCAGAUCAACACAGACACUUAAGCUGUGCAGAUUGUGGGAAGGUCUUCAGGUUCCACUCCUUACUUAAAGCCCACCAGCGCGUGCACACAGGCGAGCAGCCAUUUUCAUGCUCCCAGUGUGGACGGCAGUUCUCCUUCAAACAGUCACUGGAGCGGCAUAAGCAGACACAUUCGUCUGGAAACAAGUUGUCAUGUUUGAUCUGCGGGGAGCUCUUCAAGUCAGCAACGGAACAAGCUAGGCACAACAACGGCCACGUAGAGGAUGGGGACUACCAGUGUUCAGAGUGCGGUCAGACGUUCACCUGGAAGGCUGCAUUUGUGAAGCACCUCAAGACCCACGGAGUGGAUGCUGGCGAAGUGGAAGACUCGUUUAAGUGCUCUCACUGCAACCUGGGCUUUAACUGUGAAAGACACCUGAACAAGCACAUCCUCACCCACAAAGAGGAAAAACCUCACAGCUGCAACUGUGGGAAGAGUUUUCCUUACCGGGCGGCUCUCACCGCUCACCAACGGACGCAUCGAGAGCGGCCGCACACAUGCACGCAGUGUGGGAAGGGCUUCCUCUAUAAGGGCGGCUUGAUGAGCCACAUGAAGAUCCACUCUGAAGAAAUGCCCUUCAUGUGCUCGUUCUGCGGCAAGAGCUUCAAGAGGGAGCGCAACAUGAAGAAGCACGAGCGCUGCCACACCAGGGAAAACGUCUUCAGCUGCACGCAGUGCGACAAGAGCUUUGUGUACAAGGCCACCUUGAUCAGACAUGAGCUGACGCAUUCGGGCGAGAGGCCGUACCUUUGCUCCGACUGCGGCAAGGGUUUCUUCUCGCAUGCAGAGCUCUUAAAGCACGAGCGCUUCCACACGGGCCACAAGCCAUUCCAGUGUCCUCACUGUGGCAAGAAAUUCACCCAGUCCUGCUACCUGACCAUCCAUCUGCGCUACCACACCGGGGCCCGGCCAUACUCCUGCUCUCAAUGCGACAAGAGCUUUCUGAGUGCCAACCGGCUAAAGAGACACCAGCGGACGCACUCUGGAGAAAAACCGUAUCUGUGUUUAGAGUGUGGAAAGGGUUUCAGGCAGUCUUAUCAUCUUAAAACGCAUCUGAGGACACAUCUGUCAUAAAUACACCUACAGACUUAUUAGUAUCACUGUUAAAUGGGUGUGAAAGGUGUUAAAUAUAUAUAUAUCAAUUGCAGUAGAAUAACACCACUCAUGAAAAAUUUCAGAGUUUGUUCAGAGAAAUUUUAAGUUACCAAUGCCACAUAUUUGUACCUCAAGGCAGGGCAACAACCCUUUUUGUGAGUAGGGAGGUCGUUAGUCAUUCCUUUAACAUUUUACAAGGUUUAGAUAUAUUUUUUUUUGCAGUUUCUCUAAAGCCUAGGUUCUCACUGUGGUCUUCUAAUCUGGUUUACAACAGAGCAAAUUGUCUGUGUUGCAGAGCUAAUAAAACCUAAAAACAUGAGUUGUUCUGGCACAAAUGCUUUCAACAGAAUCUGCUUUAAGUGAAAGUGUAGUUGAGAAUGUUUGAUGAAAUCCAAGUUUUAAUUUCACCGUACAAAAUCAAUCCUUGUACAAGGGGCGUUGGGUCAUUUAGCUACCUCAAAAUAGAAAUCUCAAAAGAGUGUAAAAGCCCCACCCAACAUUGCUCCCAUUACAGAUUGAAUAAGUUGGUGCAAAAUCUUUUGACUUUUCCAUCAGGGCAUCAGGCUUUGGGGGAACCGUCUGCUUUGUCUGUCAGGUCUUGAAACCUUUGUAUUAGUUGAGGUGGUACUCUGGAAAAGUUUGAGAACCAAUGUUCUAGGUGAUCUGCAGCAUCCUAUGUUCCUUUCUCUGUUAUCACCUUGGAAGAAGGUUUGCAUUUAGGAUUGAGAUGUGUGAUGUCUCUUAAUGGAAGAGACAUCAAAAUCGUCAGAUUUUAUUAAAUCUGACGAUAUUUUCGGAGUUCACGGCAUGACGGGUCCUCCACCUUGCUUCCCAACACUUUUAACUCAGAAGAUACCUUAAUGUUUGUCACAAAAGUAUUGUGUAAGGAGUUUCACGUAGCAAACUCCUUACAUUUGCAAGUGCCAAGUAGUUUCAAAAGAACCAAUUGGAACUUGAUUAAUAGGGCCUGGUAGGAAUUCCUCCCCAAAGAUGUUUUUUUUAACAUUUAUUUUAAAGCUAUUCCCACAUUGUUUCCAAUUGUCCUGUGACCAUGGUGUGAAUCUUAUGCAAGUCUAUAUGGUCAGCCAUUUCUUACAAGCAAGUCCUUCGCUACUAGGGGUGCACCGAUUUAUCAGCCAGGAGAUUUAUUGGUGCCGAUUUCCUUAAUUUCGGGAGAUCGGUGAAGCCAAACUUAUCCCCUCAUCUUAUCUACCUCAACAAAGGUCUAAAGAUCAACCACUGUCCUCUUUCUCCUGUGAAAAAGGUUUUACUGACAGUCCAGCCACCAGGAUUUAACAAGUCACCCCCCCCACUGUUGUAAACUCAGCAACUUACUAUAUUUAGUGACAUUUAAGAUGAAAAUAAUUGGUAACGGCAGGUCUGACUUUAAGAUCGGCGAUUGGCUGGAAUACUGCAAUCGCUGCACCCCUAUUUAUUAACAAUAAAACCCAUCGAGCUAAGAAAAGUGCAACUCAAAAUCUGGAAAUAAAGAGUUUUUAUUUGAGUGUAAGAGUGUAAGCAAGUUUCACAUAAAAAAAUAUAACAAGGUACAAGAAGGGAGCUUAAACCACGACAGGUUUCCUUUUACAGCAGUGGAUCAAUUUCAGUCGGUAACAGAAACAUCAUGAAAAUUAGCUUAAAUGUGUGCUUAGUGUUGCAUGUGUGCAGACCUUGGCUGUAUAUCACGGAUUUUUAUGAAAGUAGUUUGGGUAAUCGGACACGAUCGAUGUUGUGGAACAUUUAAAGAAAACUACUAAGCUACAGGGCAACUCUACUAACAGUGAGACUGGGCACCACUCUAGCUGAUGCAGUUGAGACAAGUCGGAACAAAAAAAAAAAAAAGA